AUGGAUACAGUCGUUGAAAACCUUAUACCCUCCAGAAACUCCAGCCUCAAACAAAGGAUCGCCUUCGCUGAGGAUCCCGUAGAGCUUAAAGAACAAGGCUUCAGAGGUUAUCUAAAGCUUGGCAGCCCACCACUCUUCUUCGCUGCCAAGUUCAUUCUAUUUCCAUUCUUUAGAACCACGGUCGUUAUGUAUUCCGUUAAGGACCUCAUUCACAAAAAUCUCAAUCAUGUGGAACUCUGCCACCGGAGAUACUGGUGGCGCGCCCGUGGAGAGAAUGCACAUCUUGUCCAGGAUAGCGGUUACUCAGCGAACAUUGAAUUGAAUUUCAGGCUCCCUUUCCACCUCCCUUCGCCUGGUAUGCUCUUGUAUCUGGACGAUGCGGUAUUGUUCGAUCCUAAUGCGUCCAGCCCAGACCAUAGAUUUUGCGUCCCGGUCAUCCUCUUGGGAAGAGAUUUCUUCCUCAAGUUCCCGCACGUAGUGGCCAACUUCCAAGUCAAACAUGAAGCUAGAGACGAACCCCGAUCGAUUUGGAGCGAUAAUGUGCUCACAAAAUUUUACGAGCUCUCUCUCCACGAUGGCAAGCAUGUCAUGGCCCACUUGGAGCUAUGCAAUGGCCCGCCGCAGGUGGACUCGGCUGCCCUCGGCAUGGGAAUUUAUUUCGAGCCUCAUUCGGCAUAUAACACUUUUGCCGCGGUGGACAAGUAUGGUCCCGACGGGAGGCCAUGGGAUCCCCAAUUUAUGAUAAUGCGUGCUUGGCUCGUCGGAGUGACUAUGAUUAUCAAUGCAGUCGAAAACUACUGCAGUAUUGGAAAAGCUCCCAAAUCGGUGAUCAUCAGCAACCGGUACGGAGACCUCCUUUCGAGACUUAGGCCCGGAACCAUGCCAAACUCUGGCUUGAAAGGCCUUGGUUUAGAGAAGAUAUUGAAAUACGUCAAUGACGAAGGGGAGUUCGGUGUUUCUUUCAAAACCACUACCACUCCCGCUGUGCAAUGGGUUGGUGGACCCACUGAAGCAGUGAAAGCUUUAGCGAUGGCUGGCGCAAAGAUGGUGAUGGUGACACAUAGAACCAACUUGAAUUUGUUGCCGAGUUUUAAUAGAUACGACCUAUUUGAAACGUUUAACGAUAUGAUGAAAGUCGGUCCGGAUGGAAGAAGGAUUUGGUGGGACCAGGCCGACCACAUCUAUGUUGGCGUUGACGGAGUCUUCCGUUGUUCCAAGAGCCAUACACAGCGGGAAAUUAAGAGGGCCGAUGAUAUUGGCAAAUACGAAGAGGAUGCGCAGGAAACGCUAUUGAAUUUUGUGGAGCUGAGGUUGUGA